CAAUGCUGUUGGCUAUCCAUGAAAACAUGUCUGCCUUUGCAUUCACAGCUGUUGUAAAGAACUUUUACAGAUCGGUUUCAAUAAUACCAUUAAUGAAGGACUUGGAAGAACUUGGCCAGAAUCCAAGGUUUAUUUUUCUAAUGUAUUGUCUAACACUGUGGUCUCCUCCUGGUGCAUGUGUAAAGUUGUCUCUGAAGUUGGACACGGCCAUACAGCCUCCACCUUUGACUGUUCGAUUGGAAAAAAGGAAUGCUAACUUUCUCCGUUAUGGUUUUGCAGUAUGUGAACUCCCUUUUUAUGAAAUAUGCCGUUCAAAUGUAUCAAGAAUCGAGUGUUCAGAGUUAGGCUGCUGCUUUCAUAAAGAAACGUGCUAUAAAAAAGCUGUACCGCAAUAUAUGAAAGCGUUUGUUGGCUUAAUAGUGAUCAUCAUGGUGGUCUUCUCUUUGUUUAUGCUGCAAAGUUGUUGCACAGGUAGCAAGAAAAAGCCGGCUGCAAAGAAAGAGCUCAAGAAAGAGGAAGAGGAAAGUACAUCUGACACAAGUGACAGCUCUACUAAGUCUCAGGAGCCGGAAGAUGAUUAG